ACGGCCAAUGACGUAUUUAUAACGCGUCUUAUGUUAGAUCGCGUUGUUUUGAUAGCUGUAAGUUAGAUGAAAAUCGAGAUUUUUACUUUUAUUUUGUUAUAUAAAAUAGGCUAAUACGUGCCUUGGUUGGAUGCAUCGAUUAAAUUAUACAUAGACGGAACUCAUGAGGAGUAGCUACAAAAGACAGCUUCAGUAUUUACAAUAAAGUGACAGCAUGUGUGGCUCUUUACAACAUCACUAACUAAAGAUGAUGGAGGAUUUCUCAGGUCUCGCUUUACCUCCACUGUUUGGGGGUCACAUUCUGGAAGCAGAGCUGGAGACGGGCGGAGUGGAGCUGGGCCCCAGCGGCAGUGAGCUUCUGGAUAAUGAUGGGCCCCCUUCCGGCUCCGGACAGGAUGGGGAAGACGAGAGGAGAGAGCUUGACAAAAGAAAGUAUCAAGCUCUCAGCAAGAGGUGCAAAGAGAUUGAACAGGUAAACGAGAAGAUUUUGGGACGCCUUCACCAGGUCCAAAGACUGACACGCCGACUGAGGAAAGAAAGGAGGUUCCUCAUGAAGACUCUGGACUCGUAUGGAGAUGAUUACAGGACGGCUCAGCUCACCAUCCCACUAGAGGAUGAAGGAAAGGCUUUAGAUCCUGCUCUCGCUGGUGAUGAAGAUGGCUCUUCUCCAGCGUUCCCUCAUCAGUCAGCAGGAGGACCCAAGAAAAAGAGGCACCGGGUUCCAAAGGACAGAGAGAGAGACGCACAGAUGGAGUUGGAGCAGACGGUCAUGACGGAGGGUCCGUUCACAGGAUUCCCCAGUCCUAGUUCACUCUCUCACUGAUCCCAGAGAUGAAGCUGAAACAUGAUCUUAAACUCCUGAACCUCCACACUUACAUGAAAUCAAUGAACUUUUUUUUUUGUGUGUGUGUGGGUGAAUGAGUAAUGGUUUUGAGGAGCUUUUUUUGUCUCUUCAUUUAGUGUUGAGCAUUUUUAUGGAAUCUUGGAAACAUUACUAUUUUUAAUGUUUUUGAACAAAGUCUCUUAUGCUCAUUAAGGCUGCAUUUAUUUCAUAAUAAAUACAGAAAAAACAAUAAUAUUGUGAAAUAUUAUUACAACUUAAAAUUAUGUUUUUUCUAUUUUAAUAUACUUUAAAAUAUAAUGCAUCCCUGUGAUCAAAGCUGUAUUUUCAGCAUCAUUACUCCAGUCUUCAGUGUCACAUGAUCCUUCAGAAAUCAUUCUAAUAUGCUGAUUUGAUACUCAGUUAUCAAUGUUGAAAACAGUUGUGUUGCUUAAUAUUUUUUCGGAACCUGUGAUACUUUUUUCAGGAUUCAUUGAUGAAUAAAAGGUUAAAAAGAACAGCAUUUAUUCAAAAUAUAAAUCUUUUCUAUAAAUCUUUACUAUCACUUUUUAUCAAUUUAACACAUCCGUGCUGAAUAAAAGUAUUAAUUUCUUUCAAAAAAAGAAAGAAAAAGAAUUACUGACCCCAAACUUUUGAACGGUAGUGUAUAUUGUUACAAAAGAUUUCUAUUUUAAAUAAAUGCUGAUAUUUUUUAACUUUUUAUUCAUCAAAGAAUCCUGAAAAAGUAUCACAGGUUAUAAAAUAAUAUUAAGCAGCACAACUGUUUCCAACAUUGAUAAUAAAUCAGCAUAUUACAAUGAUUUCUGAAGGAUCAUGUGACACUGAAGACUGGAGUAAUGAUGCUGACAAUUCAGCUUUGCAUCACAGAAAUAAAUUAUAUUUUAAAGUAUAUUAAAUUAGAAAAUCAUAAUUUAAAAUUGCAAUAUUUCACAAUAUUAUUGUUUUUUCUGUAUUUAUUAUGAAAUAAAUGCAGCCUUAAUGAGCAUAAGAGACUUCGUUCAAAAACAUUAAAAAAUAAUGUUUCCAAACUUUUGACUGGAAGUGUAUAUGAAUAUAUAAAUAAACGUUUAUUUGCCACAAUUCCGAGCUUAUAACUCACAAUUCAGACUUUUUUUUCCCUCAGAAUUGUGACUUAUAAACUCGGAUUUUGUGAGAAAAAAGUCAGAACUGAAAGACAAAAAAAAGCUAACUGUGACCUUUUAAUCUCCAAAUUCUGACUUUUUUCCCCUCGCAGUUUUAAGUUUAUAAACUCACAAUUCUAAGGAGAAAAAAACAGUCAAGUUUAUAUCUCAAAAUGUCAGAAUUGUGAGAUUACCUUUUUUUUUGUUUUUAUUCCAUGGCAGAAACAAGCUUCCACACAUUUGAGCUCAAUCCUUGACAUUGAUCUUUUGUAAUGAUCACAAAGACAUUGCGACAGAUGUUUUUUUUUACAGUUUAAUAAACAGAGCUGCAACUUUUGACACAAAA